AUGGCGUCCGCAGAUGUUGAAUACACAUGCUAUGUUGGCAACUUGGAGCCGGACACAGAAGAAAAAGAUCUUGACAAUGCGUUUUCUCAGUUUGGAGACGUUAUAGAUUCUAAGGUUGUUUGCGAAAGAGAUGAUGACUAUGAUCAGUAUUAUUAUGGUUCUGAUAGCGACUACGAAUAUGAAUAUGAAGAGCUUCCGGUGAGAAAGGUAUAUGGAUUUGUUAGUUUCAUAGAUGAGAAGUCUAUGAAGGAUGCCAUCAAGGGAAUGAAUGGUAAGAAGCUCGGGUUAAAGACCAUUAAUGUGCAAGAGUCUCACUUGUCUCGUAAGAGUCGUGGUGGUGGUGGAUGUGUUGGUUCGAAAAGGGUUUAGAUGAAGAUAAAAUUAAUAUGGUUUUCAUAAGAAAGA